AUGGAGGAGUACUCUGUGGUCCUGUACAAGGGGUAUACACCCUGGCAGAGGCUUCUGCUCACAGCCUUCCUCUUAACCUUCUGGCAUCUGUCUACCAUGGCCCACGUGACUAUUGAGUCACUUCCACUCCAAGUGACUGAAGGAGAAAAUGUCCUUUUCCUUGUCCAUGAUCUCCCAGAGAAUCUUACAACCUUUGCCUGGUUCAAAGGUCUAACAAAUAUGACACAAAGAAUUGCAAUUUGUACAAUGGACAACAAUUUAAGUCUUCCAGGACCUGUGCACACUGAUAGAGAGACAAUAUAUUGCAAUGGAUCCCUGUUGCUCAAAAAUGUCAACCAAAAGGACACAGAAAAUUAUACCCUACAAACCUAUAAUAGACAUGGAAAAAUUGUCUCAACAACAUCCAUGUACCUCCAUGUGUCUGCCUUCCUUUGGAAGUGUGGGCGCCUUGGUACCUCUGCCAAGAUCACUAUUGAAUCAGUGCCACCCAGAGUUACUGAAGGGAGAAGUGCUCUUCUCCUCGUUCACAAUCUCCCAGAGAAUAUUGAAAGCUUUUUCUGGUUCAAAGGAGUUGUUGGAGUCAAGAACCUUAUGGUUAUCUGGCAUAUACCAGAGAGGAAAUCAACUAAGUGGGGGCCUGCAUACACUGGCAGGGAGAUCUUGUACAGUGACGGAUCCCUGCUGAUUCCCAGUGUCAAUCAGAAUGACCAAGGAUUGUACAUCUUACACAUUCUGAGAAGAGAUGACGAACUUGAAGAAGCUGAAGUGCAACUCCAGGUGGACACUCCCCCUUCUCUGUUCUGUAACCAUCUCACAUCUUCCCAACUCAUGAUCCAACUGGUGCCUUGGUAUCCUGCUGAAGGGGAGAGCGUUCUUCUCCAAGUUCGUAAUCUUCCAGAAGAUCUGCAAGCCUUUCUAUGGUACAAAUCAACGUAUGGUGCCCCAAUCCCUAAAAUUGUAGAAUAUACCAGAGCUAUGAAUUCUACCAUCUGGGGGGCUGAACACAGAAGAAGACAAUGGAUGGUGUACAAUAAUGGAUCCCUGAUGCUCCAGAAUGUCACUGAGAAAGAUGCAGGAAUGUACAUGCUAGAAGUUUCAAAGAAUGAUUCCAAAAUUGAAGAAGCAUCUGUGGAACUUUAUGUAAAGAAGAAUGUGACGCAACCCUUUGUGCAAAUCACUGACACCACAGUUGCAGGACAUAGAUCUGUCAUCUUCACCUGCAUCUCACCCGACACUGAUAUCUUCAUCCACUGGUUCUUCAAUAACCAGAGUCUGAGGCUCACAGAGAGGAUGACUCUGUCCCCAACAAAGUGUGGACUCAAAAUAGAUCCUGUCAAAAGUGAGGACGCUGGAGAGUAUAAGUGUGAGGUCUCCAACCGAUUCAGUUUGAAGACCAGUCUUCCAGUCUCCUGGCCAUGA